CCAGCGCCGGGGAACCCGGCCUGAGAGCGGAGCUGAGCCCCACGGGGCGGCCGGCUCUGGGCGAGGUCCCUCGCCGGCGGCACCAUGAAGCUUGUGGGGUCUCUGCGCCUGCUCUCGAACCUGAGCAACUUCAGCGGCGCGGCCCGGCUCCGGGAAUUGCUGGCUGGGGACCCAGCCCUCCGAGUCCGCUGCAGCCCGGACGGCCGCCACCUACUGCUGCUGCGACCCCCGGGGGCGCCGGCCCCGCAGCUGCUGGUCGCGGUGCGUGGAGCCGACACGGAGCUAGAGCGUUCCUGGCCGGCUGGCCACCCCUCACCGCUAGAUGCCUUCUUCCUUCCGUGGCCCGUGCGCCCCGCACUAGUCCUGGUGUGGGAGAGUGGCCUAGCCGAGGUGUGGGGCACUAGCGUGGGGCCUGACUGGCGACUGCUGCAGAGCGCAGAGCUGUGUCCGGGCGGUGGAGCCCGCGUGGUGGCAGUGGCGGCGCCCCGAGGCCGGCUGGUAUGGUGUGAGGAGCGGCAGGCUGGUGCUGAGGGCCGGCUGGGGCAGCCCACCGCAGCUUUCAGCCACUGCGUGUGCGUCAGGAUCCUGGAGCCCAGCCGGGAGGCCGGAGCCAACCUGGGCCUCACACACAUUCUGCUGCACAACUGCCCUCCUUUCCAGCUGCUAGCCUCCCGCAAGGAUCUCUUCCUGGUGCCCCCUGCCACCACCUGGCCAGGAGUGGCCCACAUUCUACUCAUCUGGAGCCCAGGCAAGGGCAAGGUGACAGUGGCUGCUCCUUGUCUAGGCCUCUCCCACAGUAAGAGCCUGAAUCCCAAACGAGGGGACACUUGGGACUUCCGGACCCUACUUCGAGGUCUUCCUGGGCUACUGUCCCCCAGGAAGCCAUUAACUGUACAUACCUGGGCCCCAACCGCACAAGGCCUUCUGUUGCUUGACUUCAGGGGCAACAUGAGACUGGUGCAGUCCCAUGGUGGUGUUCGGCUUGUAGGCACCCUGCCGGAGGUACCUGUAGGCCCGGCAGGAUCUGCAGCACUGGGAAUAUUUCAUGGCACGCUAGCCUGUGUGUUGGGCUCCACAUUGGAACUGCUGGACUUGGGCAGCGGGCAGCUGCUGGAGAGGAAGGUCCUAAAUACAGACCGAGUACAUUUGCUGGAGCCUCCAUUCCCUGGCAUGGAGACUGAGAAAGAGCUGGAGCCCCGAGGAUGUCUGCCUUUGCUUUCAGCCUUAGGUCUCUUUGGAGUAGUCUGGGAAGCCCCACUGGGCCUUGAAUUACCUUCAGCUGAAGACCUGGUGUUUGAGGAGGCCUGCAAGUACUAUCAGCGCCGGAGCCUGUGGGGUGCUCAGCUCACCCCAGAUGAACUAAGACACAACAGCACAUUCCGGGCGCCUCAGGCUUUGGCCUCCAUCCUUCAGGGCCACGUGUCCCCAUCUACACUAUUGACCACACUGAGAGCUGAACUUCGGGAUUACCGGGGCUUAGAGCAGCUCAAAGCCCAACUGGUGGCUGGGGAUGAGGAAGAGGCUGGCUGGACAGAGCUGGCAGAGCAUGAAGUGGCGCGUCUGCUGAGGACCGAAUUGAUGGGAGACCAGCUGGCUCAGCUCAAUGCCAUUUUCCAAGUCCUUCCUACAGCAGCCUGGGGCGCCAUCCUCAGGGCCUUGCAGCUACAGCCAGAUGGAAAUGGCAGGCUGAAAUCCCAUGCUCCCCCUGAUGUGUGGAAGAAGGUACUAGGGGGUGCAGCAGCUGGAAAGGAGCUCCCCAGUGGGAUACUGCCCCUUUUUGAACUUCUGUGCCAGUGCCUCUGCCAGCUGGAGCCACAAUGGUUGCCACCCUUUGUAGAGCUGGCACAGCAGCAGGGUGGGCCCGGCUGGGGAGCAGGAGGCCCAGGACUGCCCCUGUAUCGCCGAGCCUUAGCAGUACUAGGUGAAGAGGGGACCAGGCCUGAGGCACUGGAGCUUGAAAUACUCUUGGGCAGUGGGCGGCCCAAAGCAGUGCUCCAAGCCGUGAGGCAGCUGGUGCAAAAGGAGCAGUGGGAGCGUGCUUUAGAGGCUGGCCUGGCUCUCGGCCCCUCAAGCCCCCUCCUUCGAAGUGAGAUCUUCAAACUACUGUUAGCUGAAUUUGCCCGGCACCGCCGUCUUGAUGCUCACCUCCCCCUUCUUUGCCGCCUAUGCCCGCCAGACCUACCUCCAGCUGAACUUCUGCUUCUACUUCGGACACAUCUCCCAGAUGAGUUGGGACCCCCCACCCCCUUCCCUGAAUCUGGAGCCGAGCCCCCUCUCACUGUGGGCUUGCUGAAAGCCCUGCUGGAGCAGACUGCAACUCAAGGAAAGCCCUCUGGCCCAGUUCUAAGCCUAUAUGAGGAUUCCCUAUGGGACCUAGGCCUUCCACCCCUCACCCCACCUCGGGGUCCGGUGACUAGCCUCCAGGUAUCAGAUCACCCAGGUCUGGAGGCCUGGGCACCAUCAGGACAGGGCCACUGUAUGACUGACUCAUGCUGAAAAUCAUUUCUAAGUUAUAGUGAUCAGAAAAGUGUACCUAGACAGUGGAGAGGCCCAUAAGGGGCUGUAUGUGCAAUAUUCUUCUCCUGGAGCAAUUUUUAAACAUAUAUAUAUAUAUGCUAAAUAUUGUGAUACAAUCAAUAUAUUUGCUCCUAAAGCACAGGAAUUUCCUGAGUGUUAGGAGUAUCUUGUUAUUCCUAAGAGACCCAUAAGAUCACACCUGCAUUGAAUACUAAUGAGAUGACUUAGAAUAAGGCCCCUAGAUCCACCUCUGGAUGGGGCUCUUCACCAGAAAUGCCAAGUAAUGGAGGGUUGGAAUGUUCAUUCUCUUCAGUCUGCCUGCUUCCCAGUUGUAUAGACUUUAUAAUAAACCAGCAAAAGUAAGUAAAGUA